AUGUCAACCAUGGACGUCGAUUCCAAAAUCAAGGCUUACCGCUUCGUCGGAUAUGCUGCUGUGACUUUCUCAGCCAUCGCAGUUCUUUCCGUUUGCAUUUCCCUUCCAAUGGUCUACAGCUAUGUAUCUCACAUCCGUAGCCAAGUUCACUCUGAGCUUCGUGAGUGUAAGACCAAUGUCAAGGGAAUCUGGACUAACGUUUACGCUAUGAACGAUUCUCCACGCAACCGUACCGCCCGUAGCGCUUACGGAGGAUACGGAGGAUACGGAGCCUAUGAUGCUGGAGUCGCCUCAUACGAGGAACAAGACACCUGCCAUGGAUGCUGCCUUCCAGGACCAGACGGACCAGCCGGAGUCCCAGGACGACCAGGAAGACACGGAAGACCAGGAGCUCAAGGAGCCCCAGGAAAUCCAGGACGUCCACUCCAAACUCCAUGCGACCCAAUCACUCCACCACCAUGCCGUCCAUGCCCAGCUGGACCACCAGGACCACCAGGACCACCAGGACCAGGAGGAAACAAUGGAAGAGACGGACGCCCAGGAAGCAAGGGAUCCGAUGGACGCCCAGGAGAAUCUGGAACUCCAGGACACGCUGGAAGACCAGGAGCCCCAGGAAAGCAAGGAGAAUCUGGAGCUCCAGGAGCCCCAGCCCGCAGCAACCCACCUCAACCAGGAGCACCAGGAAAGGAUGGAGCCCCAGGAUCCCAAGGACCAAGAGGACCAGCUGGAAGACCAGGAAACGAUGGACUUCCAGGAGCUCAAGGAGAGAAGGGACAAGAUGGUCAACCAGGAAAGCCAGGAAACGAUGGAAGACCAGGAGAACCAGGAAGCGACGGAAACUCUGCCAACACUGGAGAGAAGGGUAUCUGCCCCAAGUACUGUGCCAUCGACGGAGGUAUCUUCUUCGAAGAUGGAACUCAACGCAAGUAG